CGUCUUCAUACCGAUAUGUGUACCAGUCAUGUCUCGAUCCUCAGCCCUCCGCGCGGAGAUACCUUUCACGCGGAUAAAAAACGAGAGAUAACGCUGGACGCUCGUUUGAUUUGUUUCAGGGUGUUAAAACCCCCUGGUGGCGGAAGCAGCGACAUUUUCGGCGCUGCGCCCGACGAGACGAGCCCCCGCCGCGUGAAGAACCACCAGCAGUCGCAGUUGGGCUCGACGCUGUUCGGGGAAACGGCAAACAGCAACAGCAGCAACGAAACGCCGCGUAACAAGCCCGGUAAUGAUUCAUACAAUCGCCUGUUUGGCCCUCCCGAUGCCCCACCCACCACCCCAAACGCGAAAUAUCACAUGCGCAGCAAUAUAUCUCUCAGCGGGGAUUCGACGUCCUCAUCGGUGUCGUCCGGCGCCGCGACGUCGCCCGCUAAGAGCAUCGGCAGCACGGACUCGAUCACGGCCGUGCUCAACGGAUACGCGGCCACCAAUGGCAACAAUCACACCAACGAUGUCACAGCUUUUAGGAGAAUCAAACGAUUUCGUAAGUGUGGAAAAAAAGAUACAUGUUCAAGUAGAUCACACGACACACGUCCCACACUUUAUGUUUCAAUUACCAGUCCUCGCGCUCAUUUCACCCACUUAAGUUCUCGAGUUAAACUCUCUGCUUGCGACAAAUCCAUUACGCGGUAACAGAUUUGUUUUUACAAGACGUAUUUGCAAAACAGAGCCCGUGAAACAGUGAUACAUUUAUUUCUUUCCGGAUCAGAACGUUUAGUCAUUUCUCACCACUGACGCAUCUGAUUCGUAUUGUCCCGAUGAUGAUUUCACCACUUCAUUGCUUGCAUCUUACACGUGUGACGAUCUUAUUCAUAAAACUCUAUCAAUAUUAUGACAACUACAUUUCUUUCGUUUGUUUUCGAAACUCUCAUCUCUUGCUUUGCUCGCUUUACACAAACGUAGUAUAAUAUAAUAUUGUUUAGUUUCUUUCUUAUUUCCGUGCUCGUUCCUCUUCGCACGAACGAAUCCGAGGUACUCUUGUCACAAUUUUAUAAUUAAUUUUAAAUAUCGAUCGUUCUACAAUUUGAUGUAAAUCUGCUGAUUGACUAUGGGAAACGAUGAAGAGUUAACAGUCAAAGCUAAAGGUAAUAAGUUUAAAACCAUAUUGAUCGUUGCAUACUUUGAAGUUUGCCUAACGGCUAUGGGAAAAGAUGAAGAGUUAACAGUCGAGGUUAGGGCAAAUAUGAGUACGCUCGAUUCGUCUGUGCAAACAGUCGCGCGCACUAACACGAAUUAUGUCGAGUUGGGUGACGGUGUUGUGGGUUUUGGUACUUACCUGUGUGUCGGUGCAUGGGGGUGGUGGUGGUGGUGAUGGUGAAUUUCUGGCCUCGUGUCCGCUUUGCGUGCACCGGCGUGCGAAACAAACGUGUCGUCCUCCCGUGCCUUCCUACCCGCUCGAAAACCUCUGCCAGGUGGAUCGUCCUGCUUAACUCGCAACCCGGUCACCGGAGACGGAGUCGACGUGACGCCCGUCAGACGCAGCGCACGAAGGUGUCGAGGUAACG